ACACACCCGCCGCUGAUAUCAAUUUUGUAUUUUGCGUAAAUUGUUAUCUUGAGUUGAGUCAUAUGGAGUGCAUGUUCGUUUAAAAAUCAAAAUGGCGUCACAGGUACACAAGUUAGUCAAACUUAAUGUUGGAGGAACACGUAUGACAACAACAGCCGAAACAUUAAUGAAGGAUCCCGGAAGUAAACUUGCCAACAUGCUAACGAAACACGAUGUUUUUCAUAAGGAUUCUGAUGGAAGCUUCUUCAUUGAUUGUGAAGCUGAAAUAUUUAAAGUCAUCUUGAAUUUUCUCCGAUUUGGCACCUUGCCAAAGGUAGAAAAGGUAUUACAAUUGUAUGAUGUUGCAAAACACCUUAAUGUACAUUCAUUGAUUGAUAAAUUGAAGUCAUACCAUGCAGUGAAGUAUGAAAACCAAAUGGCUUCCUUGCAUCAGCGAUUUUCAAACUUUGAAGGAGAACUAGGGAAAGUGAUCAAGAGAAUAGAAGAGAUAAAUGCUGCACCAAAUGAAGCUAAAGCCAUUCAUUUCUUUAGAAGUCGUUGCGAAUAUUGUUUUUCUCAGAAAUAUGAACUAAAGGCAUGCGGUACCAGUAUUUAUGCUAACAUUUUCAUGAACAAUAUGAGUGUUGAUGAUGAAUUUGUGGCGUUACUAGCUUAUAACCUAUGUAAACUUGGUUAUGCAAAACAAAUAGCUAAGAGGCGGUACAACGAACCUUGCAAAGGAAACCCUCAUGGAUAUUGGCACGACGGCCUUCAGCUGAUCUUACUUACAAACUAACUUAGUUUGAACAACGUAUUGUUUUGCAUUUCAGUUGAAAUGGAACUAAAAUUUGCCAACGGCUGAACUGUAAUCAACUGUAAAAAAAAACCAUUUCGUUCUCUAUCCUUUUCUUAUAUAUUCAUAAUCAUAAUCACAUUGAGUGUGUAUGUACAAUGAAAAAUAAAUAUAGUUUCAAAUAACCACUCUAUAUGUUGUGAUUAAUUUAUAAAACAAAAGUUGUCAGUAGGACAAUGCACUCAAAUAUUUUCAGUGAUUGAUAGUGAAAAAGCAUGGAUGAUGUAGGAAUUAACAGAGGGGAAAUUCCAUCUCGAAAACUAAAUCACAUAGUAACGAACUGGAUAAAGGACCAUAUCGUAUUAAAAGUCCAUAUCAGACAUAGGUCAUGGAAAGUGACCUGAAAUAAAAUUCAUAAAACAUGAAUUAAUUUUCAAGCGGAUACUAUCAAUAAUUUUGAAGAUUGACGAUGCAUGCAUACGCUUUAAUCAAAAUUUGUGGAAGUUCACAAAGGGUUACAAGUCAGAGAAAAUAUAUGCCAGAUCUAUUGACCUUUGAUCAUGACCACCAGUUAUGAUAACAAAGACAUGUAAAGGGAUUCAAGUGAACAUAUCCCUCAGAAAAUUCGAAGAUUUGAUGUAUUUAUGGUCACCUUCAGAUUUAUGUUGCAUGCAAAACAAAGGGAUAUUAGUCAGUCAAAUCAUUGUAAGAGUUAUGGGCCAUGAAUAGUAAUCUCAAAUUAUGUCUUUGAGUACAAGAUUUUCCAACGUUUCACAAUUCAGAUACCGGAAAGUGAUCUCAAGUUAUGACCACCUUUUUACUUUACUUUAGUAGUAUUAAAGAUUGAUGUUGCGUGCAAAACUAUGACCAGGAAUUUUCUAAGCUCACAAGUUCCAAAAUUAUGUCAAAUUCAUUGUAAGAGUUAUAUGACCUGGACAGUGACCACCUUAUAUGAUCUCAAAUAACUCUGAGAAGAAAAAAGCAAAUGUUUUAGUGAUUUAUUAGAUAUGAUGUUGCCCAUUAAACAUUUAUUAAAGCCACUCGGUCCAAUGGUAUUUAAAAAAACAUUAUUCAAGAUUAACAUGAUAAUCAAAUAGUCAACUUGAAC